AUGCAACAAAGCAAAUCUUCACCUGUACUGAUAGGGUUCAUUCAAGAUCCAAAUCCAAAUCCCAAUCCUAACAGUUCUAAUUCAAACCAGGCCAAGAGGAAAAGAAAUCUUCCAGGAACCCCAGAUCCAGAUGCAGAAGUGAUAGCACUGUCCCCAAAGUCUCUGAUGGCAACAAACAGAUUCAUAUGUGAAAUUUGCAACAAGGGUUUCCAAAGGGACCAGAAUUUGCAGUUACACAGAAGAGGUCAUAAUCUGCCAUGGAAGCUUAAACAAAGAAACAACAAAGAAGUAAUCAGAAAGAAGGUUUACAUAUGCCCUGAAAAAACCUGUGUCCAUCAUGACCCUUCAAGGGCACUCGGAGAUCUUACAGGAAUCAAGAAACAUUACAGCAGAAAGCAUGGAGAAAAAAAAUGGAAGUGCGAAAAAUGCUCGAAAAAAUACGCUGUUCAGUCUGAUUGGAAAGCUCAUAGUAAGAUUUGUGGGACUAGAGAAUAUAAAUGUGACUGUGGAACCCUUUUCUCCAGAAAGGAUAGCUUUAUCACACACAGAGCCUUUUGUGAUGCAUUAGCAGAAGAAAGUGAAAGAUUUACUUCAGUUCCUUCUGCAAAUUUGAGUUUCAGAAACGAAUUGCUUAGUAAUAUUCAAAAUGCUGGUAGCUCGCAGUUUUCUGGUGUUUUUAGGCCAGAACUUACAGGAUUGGAACAAGGAAACCAGCUGAAUCUGGAUUUGCAAAAACCGAGGCUGCCAAUUUGGCUAGAAAAUGCCAAUUCUCAUCUGAAUUCCAUUGGAAAUCCAACUGGUUCUAAUGCUUUCUUGGGUACAAGUUCAACAAGCUUGCCUGAAUUGGUGCAAAUGGCUUCACAGAAUCAGUGGUUCAGUAGGGGCCAAGUGUUAUCAUUUACAGGUGGAAAUUCUUCAUCUUCUGCAUUGAAUAGGGUACUGAAAGAGGAAGAAGAAAACAAAGGAAAUUUGACUGAAACCAUAAAUUCAUUGUAUUACACCAAUACCCAUAAUCAGCCAGAAACAAAUCUACCAGCUCCUAUGUCUGCUACUGCACUAUUGCAGAAAGCAGCCCAAAUGGGGUCAACCAGAAGCAGCUCUGCCAUUUUUGGUACUGAUUUUGGGCUAAUGAGCUCAUCUUUUUCUAGUCUUUGCAACUUCAAUUCUUUGAACCAAAGCAGAAAUGAAGUUCAGAAUCUUGAAAAAGCUGAGAAUUUGAAUGGAUUAAUGGUUUCCACGUGUGCUUCAACAAUGUCUACUAAUCACGGAGAUGGUUUGUUCCUUGGUGAUAUACCCGCUAGCCCAAUAAUGGGCAGUUCAAGAAAUUCAGACCCUGCAAUGAUGAUGUCAAAGAUUACUGGGAAUCAAAACCAAUCAACUGGAAGUGAAGCUACAAACAGUCUCACUAGAGAUUUUCUUGGAGUGGAAGGAAGUGAACAUCGACAAUUCUUGCAACAGAAUGAGUUAUCAAAGUUUGCUUUAAUGGGUUCUGCAAUGGACUUGAGCCAUUACAGCAAAAAUCACUGA